AUGGCCUCCCUGUCCUUGUCCGGCGACGCCUCCGCCGCCGCCGACCGGGCGCUUGCGGCGCGGCGCGUCAUGGACGAGCGCAUGGCGGCCCGCGCGAGGGAGGCGGAGGAGAAGAAAGCGGCCCGCGCAGCUGCCGCGGCGGACGCCGACGCCUCGGUCGCCGAGUUUGAGCAGGCCUUCAGCAGAGCGAACACAGCCGCGCUCGAUCAGCUGGAGGCGGCGGAUAGCGACGGAAUGGAGGCGUGCGCGGCGUCGGUGGCGGCUCUGCACGCGCUCAUCGCCGCCGCCGCGUCCGGGCUCCCGCCCGCCCUGCUCGAGGCGUCGCAGCGCAAGGCGCAGGAGGCGGACGCCCGCCUGAGCGCUGCCAAAGAGCGGCUCGCCCCGAAGAAGCGCUUCGCCUUCCGCAACCGUGCCAAGGUCGGCGGGGCGCCGGGUGCGGAUGUCGCCGCCGCCGCGGCCGCCGCGGCGCCUGCGGCGGCGACGACCGACGCGACGACGCGCCGCCACACCGAUGCCUUCAGCGCAGGCCUCGAGGGGAUGGCCGGCUUCCGCAAGCAGAGCGACUGCGAGUUGGUGCGUGGUGCGGCCGGCGGGCGGCGACGGCUGCGCAACCUCACCGGGUGCUCCUUCUAUCUGCACGCGGCCUCGAACCCGAUCAUCGAGGGGUGCGACGCGCUCUCCUUUGCGCCCUACCCGCCGCUGCCGCCCUCCCUCCCCGGCGCGCUCGAGGCUGCCGGGUUGCGCGCCGACGCAAACCUUUGGGACAGGGUCGACGACUUUCACUGGAUCAAGGCGCAGCAGUCGCCCCACUGGGCAGUGCUGCCCGAGGCGCGGCGUAUCGCAGAGUUCGAUUGGACCAGACCCUAG